CAUCUACUAAUCUAGCAAAGAAUUAGUUAGAACUUAGAAGGAAAAGAGAGAGAGAGAGAGAGAGAGAAGAAAGCAUAAGUGACGUCGUAGCUUUUUAGAAUGAAAUAUCUUAUCCUCGCUUUCCAUUGCAGCUCGGAGAAGUGUGGGCGCUGCAAUUUGCAAUUACAAAGAUGAAGUCUUUCUGUGCUACCACAGUCCAAACCUUCUUCCAUUUCAACCCCGCUUCACUCCCGCCUUCACCUUCUUCUUCUUCUGCUGUUUCUUUCCUCAAAUCCCGCUUCAAGCAAUCCCCAUUAGCUCAUUCUUCCCGCCAAUUCUCCCGCAGAACUAAUUCGACCCCAUUUGUUGCGUCGGCGGGCCCCGCCACUGCUGACGGCGCCGUUUCCGACAAGCUUCCUGCCGAUCUCAUUGUUACAGAGACCCCCGAACCCAACUCAAGAGUAAAGUUGAGUGUUGAGGUUCCGGCAGAGGUAUGUGAUGAUUGUUACAGAAGAGUCAUCAAGGAGUUCACAAAACAGGCAAAGAUCCCAGGAUUUCGUCCAGGGAAGAAUGUCCCAGAAAGUAUACUUAUUAGUUAUAUUGGGAAGGAAACUGUUAAAGGAGCCACAAUCGAAUCUAUCUUAAAGAGAACACUUCCACAUGCCUUGUCUUCGGUAAGUGGGAAAGCCUUGGAAGAUUCAAUCCGCAUUUCAACUAGAUUUUCAGAGAUGGAGAACUCUUACUCGUCAAUGAAGUCUUUGAGAUAUGAUAUAUUUGUUGAUGUCGCGCCUGAAGUCAAAUGGAUUCCUGAAGAUGGAUACAAGAAUUUGAAGAUUGUUGUUGAGAUUGAUGGGGAAAUAGAUGCUCAGACUGCAGCUGAACAAGAAUUGCGGCGCCGUCACAAGGCUCUUGGUUCAUUAAAAAUCGUGAUUGACAGGGGACUACAGCUAGGUGAUGUUGCAAUUCUUGAUAUAUCAGCUACGACGAUUGAGCAAGAUGAAUCGGCUGUUCAAAGUAUACCAUCUGCUGAGAGUAAAGGAUUCCAGUUUGACACGGAAGACGAAGAUAAAGUCCUUCCAGAUUUUCUGAAUUCAAUUUCUGGAAUAAAACGUGGGGAAACUAAGACAUUUCCAUAUACUUUCCCUGAUACAUGGAAACAAGAAGAUCUACGUGGUGUUCGCGCUCUGUUCACGGUGGACUGCAAGGAAUUAUUCUACAGAGAUCUGCCUGAAUUGAAUGACUCGACUGCUGAAAAGAUUCUGGCAGGUUGCUCCACCAUUGAGGAGGUUAAGGAAACAUUGCUGCAAAAGUUUCUUGAGGUGGAGCAAACAGCUAAAGACCAAGCUGCAGACAACGCAAUUUUGGAUCAGCUACACAAAAUGGUUGAAGUUGAUAUUCCUCCAUCUUUGUUCGAGGAACAAGGAAGGCAGCUUUAUGGAGCACAACUCCUGCAAAUUCAGGCUAAUAUGAAACUCAAUGAACAACAAUUGUCAUCCCUAUCAAGUCCUAAGGCAGUGAAGGAUUUCCUCGAAAACCAGAGAGAAAAUAUAACAAAUAUUAUCAAGCAGAAUCUAGCUGUUGGUGACAUAUUCAAACGCGAAAACUUGCAGAUAGUAACAGAUGAGAUUGUGAAAGAAGUUGAGAAUUCGAUCGAUGAGUUUAAACGCCACAAUCAAGACUACGAUGAGGAACGUGUCCGAGAGCAGGUACAAGAGGUACUUGAGGGAGCAAAAGUACUAGAAUGGCUGAAAGAGCGUGCAGAGAUCCAGUUCAUAACCAAGUAAGAGAGUUGGAGACAAUAUCUCAAUUUUGAAGGGAGAGAAACUGUGUAGAGAUAUCGAGGCGUUGAUGCAAGUUUCUCAAGGAUGACAACUCGGAUUGUACCGUGCACAUUCUUUUUAGAUAAUUCCAAGUUCUUCACCUUGUUUGAAUCCAUAUUAGCAAGAAAAUAAUGAAAAUUAGUAGCUGUCUUUCA